AGGAAGGCUGUUUGUGGCCACACUGGUAACGGAGACCCUUGGAGAAGAGUGAUUCUCUUGUAGAGAUGAUGGAUCACCAAAGCAGAGUCAGUCCUGGAACUGCAGCCCCAGCAGAAGACAGAAGCUGCUCCUGGCUGAACAUCUGGGUCUUCCUUACCUUUGCCCUUGCAAUCAAAGCUGCCUUUGUGACCAUCUGCUUUGUGGUUCCCUUCUGCCACAGCACUGACCAGCCCACAGCCCUGCAGCAGCAGUUCUCGGAGUGGAAGUGCGACUCAGCGGUGCCACAAGGCACAGCACGAGGUUGGACGUGCUGCCCAAAUGGCUGGAGAAGGUUCCAAAGAAGCUGCUAUUUCCUGUCCCUUGACACAAUGAGCUGGACUGAGAGUGAGCAGAACUGCACUGGGAUGGGCUCCCAGCUGGUGGUGAUCAACAGCAAGGAAGAGCAGGUUUUCCUCUCCAUACUAAUAGAACAACCUCCUAGAAGAGAGAAUUUCUACAUCGGUCUGUUUGAGGAGAAGGUGGGCAAGUGGCAGUGGGUUGACAAGACUCCAUAUAAUGAGAGCGCAGCGUUCUGGCGACGAGAAGAACCAAAUUAUUUCAGUGGAGAAAAUUGCACGGUAAUGCAUGUGUUUGAAAAAUCUCUCAACAACUGGAAUGACGUCAGAUCAGAUUUGAUGCAUCAUCGAAUUUGUGAAGCUGCAGCAGUAACUCUGUGAUGGAAGUACCCCUGUCCUUAGUAAAGCUGGGAGCUGAGCAGUGAGCUGGGAACAGCGCUGGCUGUGCGGGGAGCGGUGGGGAGGCCUGAUACAUCUUCACUGUGUGGGGUGGGACCAUGGGUGUGAAAGUGCAAUGAGCUUUGUCCAGCAUCCCCCGUGCAUGGGGUGGCUCAGGAAACACAGGAAGGCUCAGGCUCACUGAAGCUGGUGCUGUGUUCUUGUGUCCUCUCUGAGUGGGUCCAGCAGCCUCUGGCUGAAAAGAGAUGGACUUCUCCAGGAGGAAGACACAGGAAUGGAAGACACAUAUCCAGAGAUUCAAUGUCCUUUGUGUCCUUGAGCAGAGCUGUUUGCUUUUUGUUGAGUCACACACAAAAUGUCCUCUAGCUGUACUGGUUUUGCUGAACAAAUUCAGAAAACUUAAUCAAGAGAAAAUACAAUACCACACCAAUGAAGAAAGGCUCUGUGCUGUGUCUCUGUAUCUCUCUUUUCCCCCAUCUCCGAGCUGGAAAGCUUUUGUCCUAGAAUCGUGGAAUGGUUUGGAGUUGC